UUAGCGCCGAGCGCCAGGCGUGGGGGAGGGGACGGGGCCCGACCGGAGCCCCGCGGCGACCCGGAGCUGCCCAACUUUCCUGGGCUUGGAGGAGCAGGGGACUCGCCCGCACAAGGUGAACUUUGGUCGCGGAAAACUCAAGCCAGGUGCUGGGAUCCGUGCUUUGGCGGUGUGGACGCGCGCACAGUGCGCGCGGAGCUGCGAGUCAGAGUACCGCGGCCCCCUCCACCCGCGCCGGGCCGCCUGGGCCCGCAGCCCCCGGCCCCGCUCCGGCGCCUCGGCCCGGGGGACCAGCCCGGCGCCCUCGUCUGGUUUCCUCCCCCUCCCCCUUCGGGGGUGGGGGUGGGGCGGGGAGAGGGGCGCCCGGAGAGCCACCUCGAUUGGCAGCUUUGUUAUUGAUCAGAAACUGCUGGCUGCGAAACUGGCUUCCAGACUGACUUGGCGCGACCCUUGAGUGUUCGCCUCUGUCCAGGCCCCCCAACUGACAGGUGCUCCCAGCAACUUGCUGGUGACUUCUUGCCGCUCCCCCGGCUCCCCCGCGUCCCCACCCCCUCUUUCCUCCCUCGCCUUCACCCCCACCCCCACCACUUCGGCACAGCUCAGGAUUUGUUUAAACCUUGGGAAACUGGUUCAGGUCCAGGUUUUGCUUUGAUCCUUUUCAAAAACUGGAGACACAGAAGAGGGCUCUAGGAAAAAGUUUUGGAUGGGAUUAUGUGGAAACUACCCUGCGAUUCUCUGCUGCCAGAGCAGGCUCGGCGCUUCCACCCCAGUGCAGCCUUCCCCUGGCGGUGGUGAAAGACUCCGGAGUCGCCGUUUCCCAAGUGCCCGCCGUGAGUGAGCUCUCGCCCUACUCAGCCAAAUGCUCCUCUUCGGGCUUCUCCUGCUGACAUCUGCCCUGGCCGGCCAGAUUCACGGGACUCAGGCUGAGUCCAACCUGAGUAGUAAAUUCCAGUUCUCCAGCAACAAGGAACAGAACGGAGUACAAAAUCCCCAGCAUGAGAGAAUUAUUACUGUGUCUACAAAUGGGAGUAUUCACAGCCCAAGGUUUCCUCAUACUUACCCAAGAAAUAUGGUCUUGGUAUGGAGAUUAGUAGCAGAGGAAAAUGUGUGGAUACAACUUACAUUUGAUGAAAGAUUUGGGCUGGAAGACCCAGAAGAUGACAUUUGCAAGUAUGAUUUUGUAGAAGUUGAAGAACCCAGUGAUGGAACUGUAUUAGGGCGCUGGUGUGGUUCUGGUCCUGUACCAGGAAAACAGAUUUCCAAAGGAAAUCAAAUCAGAAUAAGAUUUGUAUCUGAUGAGUAUUUUCCUUCUGAACCCGGAUUCUGCAUCCACUACAACAUUGUUAUGCCACAACUCACAGAAGCUGUGAGUCCUUCAGUGUUACCCCCUUCAGCUUUGCCACUGGACCUGCUUAAUAAUGCUGUAACCGCCUUUAGUACCUUGGAGGAUCUUAUUCGCUAUCUUGAACCAGAUAGAUGGCAGCUGGACUUAGAAGAUCUAUACAGGCCAACAUGGCAACUUCUUGGCAAAGCUUUUGUUUUUGGAAGAAAAUCUAGAGUGGUGGAUCUGAACCUUCUAAAAGAGGAGGUAAGAUUAUACAGCUGCACACCUCGUAACUUCUCRGUGUCCAUAAGGGAAGAACUAAAGAGAACCGAUACCAUUUUCUGGCCAGGUUGUCUCCUGGUUAAACGCUGUGGUGGAAACUGUGCCUGUUGUCUCCACAACUGCAACGAAUGUCACUGCGUCCCAAGCAAAGUCACUAAAAAAUAUCACGAGGUCCUUCAAUUGAGACCAAAGAUUGGUGUCAGGGGAUUGCAUAAAUCACUCACUGACGUGGCCCUGGAGCAUCACGAGGAGUGUGACUGUGUGUGCAGAGGGAACACAGGAGGAUAACCACAUCACCACCAGCUGCCCUUUCGCAGAGCUGUCAGGUGCAGCCAGUGGCUGAUUCUGUUAGAGAACUAAUGCAUUACCUGCAUCCAUAAUCCCAGUUGUUUGCUUCAAAGAUCUUCCAUCUGCAGGAUUUACAGUGGGUUCUAAAGAGGAGAUACCAAAUGGAAUUAUGAGUUGUGCAACAUCGAUUUUGAGAGGAGCCCAAAGGACAGGAGAAAAGGUCUUCAAUCAUGGAAAAAAAUUAAAUAUUGUAGAUCGCUAGCUAGUUACCACGUUCUUUUUCCACUUGCUGCAGUCUGUAUUCCCUAUGUCAUGAUAUGGCUUAGGUUAAUGUCAGGACAAGAAAAAACUGCAAGUGAGCACCUGAUUCUGUUGCUCUGCUUAACUCUAAAGCUCCAUGUUCUGGGCCCAAUAUCACAGAAAAUCUGGAAUGUUUUCCCCUUAUACUUGCAUAUAUAAGCCAGAACGUUUCAUGUUCUAUAAACUUGGGUUUUAAAGAGGAACUAUAUUGCUAUGAAUUAAACUGGUGUCAUGCUGAUAGGAAAGACUGGAUUUUCCUUGUUUCUUAUUAAAAUCUCUGCCAUUUAGAAGAAGAGAACUACAUCUACAUUCAUGGUUUGAAAGAGGCAAACCUGAACAGAAGAGUGGCCUUAUCUUCACUUUAAGUUGGUUUAUUUGUUUUAUUGUGUACAUUUUUUAUAUUCUCUUUUUUUGACAUUAUAACUGUUGCCUUUUCUAAUCUUGUUAAAUAUAUCUAUUUUUACCAAAGGUAUUUAAUAUUCUUUUUUAUGACAACCUAGAUCAACUAUUUUUAGCUUGGUAAAUUUUUUCUAAACAGAAUUGUUAUAGCCAGAGGAAUAAGGAUGAUAUAAAAUAUUGUUGCUCUGACAAAAAAAAAAUACAUGUAUUUCCUUCUUGAAUGGUGCUAGAGCUUAGAUUGAUGUGCAUUUAAAAAUACAGAAGUAUGAAACCAAUAGGAUUGGGAAGUCACAAUGACAUUUUGGAAAUAAAUUACCAUAUCUUCCACCCUGUUUAUUGGAUAUGCAAAUAAAAAAUAACAUAUGAAAAGUAGACAUUCAACUCCAGUUCUUACUAAUUUAACCUGUUUGGGGGAAAAUACGAACCCAGCUCGGAAGAACAGAAAGCACCUUGAUAAAAGAGACUGACAGCUUCUUGAUAAAGUGGGCUGUGGAGUAGGAACACAUCCUAUUUAUUGUGAUGCUAUGGUUUCAAUACCUUUAAACUCUGUUCCAUACGCUUGUAUAAAUACAUGGAUAUUUUUAUGUACAGAAGUAUAUCCUUUAACCAAUUCACUUAUUGUACCCUUUUGCAAUUGAAAAGAAAAUCAGUAAAACACUCUGCUUGUAAAAUGCUUAAUAUUAUGCCUAGGUUAUGUGGUGACUAUUUGAAUUAAAAAUGUAUUGAUUCAUCAAAUAAAAGAAUGUGGCUAUUUUGGGGUGAAACU